AUGAUUGCUCCCAAGACCUACCAGUUUCUUGUCGGCGUCUUCGCCUCGCUCGGAUCAUUCAACUAUGGAUAUGAUCUUGGCGUUAUCGGAGGCAGUGUUGCUUCAAGUUCCUUCGUAUCGUUAUUUAACCCGAACGCAAAUGAAGUGGGUGCCGUCGUGUCCCUCUUUACUGGAGGUGGUUUCUUUGGAGCCUUCGCGGCUGGUCCCAUGGGUGACUGGCUGGGCAGAAGACUGGCUAUUAUGAUCGGUGCCAUUAUCUUCUGUAUUGGUGGUGCCUUACAAGCAGCCGGUCAAAACCUGUCCUUCUUCUAUGCUGGUCGAGCUGUUGGGGGUCUUGGUGUUGGCAUUCUGGUCAUGAUCGUGCCUAUGUACCAGGCCGAGAUCGCGCACCCAUCUAUCCGAGGCCGAGUCACUGGUCUGCAGCAGUUGAUGCUCGGUAUUGGAGCCGUCUUCGCAACAUGGACCGUGUAUGGCACCAACUUGCACUUCCACUCAAGCGAACAGUGGCGUAUACCUCUUGGCCUUCAAAUUAUCCCUGCCGGCAUCCUUGCUCUUAUGAUCUUACUCUUCCCAGAAUCACCCCGAUGGCUGAUUGACCACGGCAGGGAGGAGGAGGGACUUAAGACUUUAGCCAGGCUUCAUGCCAACGGGAAUGAAAAUGACCCUUGGGUUCAGGCCGAGUAUCUCCAAAUCCAGACUACUAUUGCUCACGAGCACGAACUCGAAGCGAAGGGCUAUCGGGACUUAUUCACCGAUCGUGCAAGCUUCCGCCGACUUUUCCUCGUCACCGCGCUGCAGGCUUCCGUCCAGAUGACCGGUGUAUCAGCCAUCCAAUACUUCACCCCGGAUAUCUAUAAAGCCAUGAACAUUGACACCACAGAUUCAUUGAAAUAUCAGGCUAUCAGCAACGUACUAUCUGUUCUUGCUCAGCUCUGCACCGUGCUUUUCAUUGAUAAGCUUGGUCGUCGCUGGCCUUUAAUUAUCGGCAACGGUAUCAACUGUAUUUGCUUCGUUAUUGUUACCGCAGCUCAAGCUAGUUUCCCUCACGCUUCGUCAUCGAUGCAGAACUCACUUGGCUGGCUUUUCAUCGUCACCAACUGGUGCUAUCAAGUCAGCUUCUCCUUCACCUGCGGCUCCCUCUCGUGGAUCAUUCCGGCCGAGGUAUUUGACACAAAGACCCGUUCUAAGGGCAUCUCCAUCGGCGUCAUGACCUCAUUCGCUUUCAACACCAUGAUUGGACAGAUUACGGCCCCGGCUAUCAAGAAUAUCGGCUGGAGGUACUUCCUAGUGUUUGUGGUUUGUAAUUUCACCAACGCCAUCUUCUUCUGGGCUUUCAUGCCAGAGACGAAGCUACUGCCGCUUGAAGAGAUGAAUAUCUUGUUUUCGAGUACGUCUUGGUUUGUGCCCGGGACCUCACAGAAGCGUGCGAGUGACCUAGAUGCCAGGGUUGAAGAGGCCAAGUUGCAGAAGGAGGGCUUAGAAGUAGGGCAGGUUGAGACUGUACGAGAUUAA